AUGGGUCGGAGUCGUCCCUCAACGAGCGUCGAGCGGUACGUUCAGUCCGUGUCUAAACGUCGGCCAGUCGAGGACAAGCAGGCAUUGCAAAUGAGCACCACAUCUCUGCCAACUGAAGCGAAACGAGUACUCAGCGAGGGCCACUCAACGCAAAAAACAAGAACCAUGCCUGUUCCUGAAAAUACUUUGGAUGGAAUUGUUUCCGAUGCCAUGGAGUCUCUGUUAAUUCAGGGAGAAGUUUCAGCCAAAACUGCCGUACCUGAAGGUAUUAUAACACCUGACGUGUCGGCCAAGAAUGGAACGGACGAUGUAACAAAACCCGUUGCAGUGCAAGGAAAGAAGCAGAAAAAAGGAAAGAAGUUACGUCUGCGCUUCGUGAAGCUAACGAAAGUUGUUGACCGCGACAUCUCGGUCGUAGCAACGCAAGUCGAAGAGCUGAGAGACGACGUCACAGCUGGAAAAAUUCCGAAGUACAAUAAUAGUUCUAUGAACUUCGGAGAUUCGCAGGUGCAACAAAAUUCGGUUAAAUCUGGGACGGAUCCUGAACUAAUUGAAUCAAGUGAAAACACCACUGAUCAACCAACUGCCUCCAUUGCGAAACCUCUACCUACCUUGGCUUAUGAUGAAGUCACUAAAGUGUCCAGGACGAUGCACUUUGAUGAUUUCAAAGCAUGUUUCCAGAAAGGGAAAUUCAUUGCUUCUCGAGUAAAGCCUCAGUACAAAACACUUCUGCCUAAAAAUGAAGAUUUUGUUUGGUUUCGAGCUCAGAGCGAUUGUGCUAACGGAGAACUGCAAGACUGGUUUGGCAACGUCCGAUGCUCGUUCGAUUUAGUGAAAUUUAUGCGUGAUAACAUGAAUGUGAACAUGUUUUACAUUGAUUGUGCCUAUUUUGGCUUCAGCUCUGCUUCCAGAAUAUUGCUGUCAACUCGCACCCAGUACCCGGGUGCUAAGAAAAUUGAUUUGGACUCUCUGAAGUUCGGUGAUCCUCUCAUGUUCGAUGGAACGAAACUCAUGUUCCUGCGGAAGGAUGUUAGUAGCAACCGUAAAUGGUUUGGGUCGCAUCAAACUGAGGUUGUCAUUGAUGCUCAAACAAUUGACCUCGGAAAAUUGUUUACCAUCUGCGACAAAGUUCCCGUGAAUCACUCGCGGGCGAACAGGAAGAACAAGAAUGGAGUCUUUGUUUUUCACCAGUGUCUAAUUUUCAACUCUCUGAAAAGGAAGAUUUGCCCCUCAGCUUGGACUGUUGAAGAAACCAGAAAAUCCUUGAAUCAACUUCUUGGCAUUGAGGAAACGCCUGAUGUCGAGAGUUAGAAGUCUGCCGAUGGCACCAUUUCUGUGUAGGAAAAGGAACUCAAUUCAUACUAUAUUUACCCCAACUUACCCCAUACCCAGCGUCUUCGUUUUAUCGAAGACAAGAAACCAUAUUGCUUUACAUGUUUCAUCAUAUUAGUUUCAGUAGCAAAGUGUGGAUACAAUUUUUAACAAUACAAAUUAAAAUAUUUGUGGCCGCAUGCUUAUGGUUUUAUAUGAAUGAGUUAUCAACUAUGGCGUUGAAAAUAUCGUCUGUUAUUUUUCAUGAGAGGAGCGAUCGACAAUGAACCAUAAUUCAUUGUCACAUCUAUUAAUUUUGCAUAAUAAAUGCAAUUUGAGGAAAGUUUUCAUAGAAAUAUUGUUUCAUUUUUGGUUUUGAAAUAUUGUAUUGUCGUUUUCAUGGAAAUAUUGUAUCUCCAACACUUGUUCGUUGACUAGUCAUUGUCAUUAUCAGGCAGGAAAUUCUUCUAUCAGAAGUAAUCAAUUGCAAACCAUAGAUAACGAUAAGCGUUCUGUCGAUGUUUUAUAUAUCCUAUAUGAUUUAGCUGAGACAGAGUUGAAGCGCAUUCAGCAUUUAUUAUUUUUUGAUCCUCGCUAAGAAAAAUCAUAUAUACUUUCCAGAUCCGUAAUGGGUUUUGAUAUUCAUUUGGUAUGUAAUUUUUUUACUAAUAAAACAUUCAUAUGAAUAAGAAAUAUCAU